UCAACAUGCAUGACGAAAUUGAGGAACAACACACAACUGCUAACUAUGAAGACGCGUUUGUAGCCACAGGACAUGGUUGGUUCAAUAUCCUCGUGCUAAUAUCAGGCUGUUUCAUAUUCCUGUACUGUUCUGUUGAAAUGGCCGGCAUGAGCUAUGUAAUAACUCCACUCGACUGUGACAUCAACCUGACACUCAGUGAGAAAUCUUUGAUCAAUGCUGGCAUAUAUUUCGGUAUAGUGGGUAUGUCCAUCUUAUGGGGCCUUAUAGUGGACCAAUACGGCAGACGCAAGAUCAUGCUGCCUACCCUAAUUGGGACUAUCGUUACAUCCAUGCUUUCCUCAAUCUGUACGCUUUUCUGGCCAAUGUUUAUCUUGAGAGUCAUAGUUGGAUGUUUAGUUUCAGCAUCAGCGGGUACAGUGUUAGUCUAUCUUGGUGAAUUGCACAGUAAAAAGCAUAGAGAUGUAGCCAUAUUGAUAGCAGUUGCCAGUGAUCAGAUCAAUUUCAUAAUUUUUCCUGGUAUUGCCUGGAUAGUCAUUAGUGGUAGCUGGAGUUUCAACUUGGGGCCUCUAUUAGUGAGGCCAUGGCGUGUCUUCAUGUGGGUCUGGGGUAUCCCUGGGAUAAUAGGAACCGCUAUUCUAUUCUACUUACCUGAAAGUCCAAGGUUCAUACUAGCAAAGAGGGGUCCUCACGCGGCAAUGCCAAUCUUAGCCAAGAUUUAUGCUAUUAAUAAUAAGAAAAUGCCAGAAGACUAUCCGGUGACAUCAAUGACGAUGCCAUCAUUUAUCCUAAUGCAUGACACUUUCACGGGAUGGAGGAAAAUAUUGAAGGACAUGACUCAAGUCUUGCGACCGCCGAUGUUGCGAUGCUACAUCAUUACUCACUACUGCAUGUUCAUCACAUACUUAUUGUCAAAUGGUUUUUAUAUGUGGAUGCCAUCGUUCAUCAACGAAGUUAUAAGAAACCCAUCAUGUCCAUGCAGCAUGUGUGACAUCAUAAACACUAAAUUCAUGAAAGCGUCAGAUUGGUUCCUUGAUCCCCAUGACGAAGACGACUGCGAUGGGACGACAAACUCGCUUAUGUAUCCCAUAUCUAUGUUAAUGGAACUUGUGUAUUUCAUUCCCUUCAUCGUAUUAUACUACAUUAUAACAAAAGUGGAUAUAACUAAAAUAUAUAUUGUAAUAAUGGGCGUGUGCACCAUAGGGCUGGUAGUAUGUUUUUUAAUAAAACAUGUGAUAAUAGCCUUGUUAUUCUUGAUAGUUGGGCUCGGUUCCGGAGGCUGUGUGUCUGUUAUAACCGCAUUGGCGGUCGAAGCCUUCCCUACAAAGUUAAGAGCAUUGACGAUGUGUACAUUGUACAUGAUGGGACAGUUGGGGGCCCUCGUGGGCACCACAGCCAUCAACCUCAUGCACGGGUUUUGGUGUAAUGUCAUCUUCACCCUCUUCAUUCUCGCAAUGUUGGCUUCAGGGUUGCUACUGCUAAAAUAUUGGCCAUCUUUAGAAAAGGUCAGAGAAGAAAUGGAACACCGUAACUUUACGUAUUAACAGUCUGUAUAAUAACUAUGAAUUAUAAUUAAUUAUAUCUGGAAUUUCUGGU